GAAACUAGAGGUACCCACCAGUCCAAUUAUGUAUUUGAUGCUUUGAUGAAUGCGUAUGUGGAUUGUGGUUUUGUUUCUGACGCAUGCCAGUGCUUUAGAUUGCUUAGGAAGCAUAAUUUUCGAAUCCCAUUUCAUGCUUGCGGCUGUUUGCUUGAUAAGAUGCUCAAGUUGAACUCGCCCGUUGUGGCUUGGGGAUUUUAUUUGGAGAUUUUGGAUUCUGGGUUUCCACCAAAAGUGUAUAAUUUCAAUGUUUUGAUGCACAAAUUGUGUAAAGAAGGUGAAAUUAGAGAAGCCCAGUUGGUGUUCGAUGAAAUUGGGAAACGGGGUUUGCUUCCGACCGUAGUUAGUUUCAAUACUUUGAUUAAUGGGUAUUGUAAGUCUAGGAAUCUGGAGGAGUGUUUUAGGUUGAAGAGAGAUAUGGAGGAAAGCAGAACACGUCCUGAUGUAUUUACUUACAGUGUUUUGAUCAAUGGGCUGUGCAAGGAGCUUAGGUUGGACGAUGCAAAUUUGUUGUUUGAUGAAAUGUGUGAGAGGGGUUUGGUUCCGAAUAAUGUCACAUAUACUACUUUGAUUGAUGGGCAGUGUAAGAAUGGAAGAAUUGAUUUGGCAAUGGAAGUGUAUCAGAAAAUGUUGGGGAUUGGUAUCAAACCAGAUUUAAUUACUUAUAAUACACUCAUAAAUGGCCUUUGCAAAGUUGGAGAUUUG